AUGUCGAAAUUUGAAGUUUUGAAAGACCUGUCGAGAGGAAUCCGGGCAUUUCAACAACUCGUUGAGCUUGACAAAAAUGAGCAGGGCGCAAAAGUCGGUCAGAAAUACACAGAAGUCAGAAAACUGGUCACGAGCUGGCUGAAUUCGAUUCAAUCCCUGGAGUCGCCAAAUGAUCUUGCGCGGCUGGAAAAAGCAGCAGCUCCGCUUUGGAAAAUCUUCUUUAAAACAGUGGACGAAUUUAUUACUCUCCGAUUGACAAGAACGACGAAAGUCGAGGAAGUAGAAGAUCUGGACAAAGAUUGUUUGAAGAACUUGAGCAAGUUGAUCUUUGAGCGGAAUCAAGCAACCGAAGUGGAACUGAAAGAUGAUAAUGGAAACUUGAGUCCUUGGGACUCGAGUAGAAUUUCGGAAGUUCUCGCAGAGAAUCUCCAUGUGACUCUGAUGGAGCAACUCGUCGAAGUGCUCGAAAGCGAAACGGCGGAGAAAAACUGGGAGCCCGUGCUAGAAUCGCUCGUUCACGCUCGUGACCUGGCAAUCGUCAUUUUUUAUUCGAACGAAAAUGUUGCUGCGAAGUCUGUUCCAGGCGAAGAGCCGAGAAAGCAGAGAAUAUCCCUCGAAGUUCGCGGCCAAAGCGGCCGAUUCAUCGAUGUUCUCUUGGAAAAAGUGAAGAAGGGGCUUGAAGACAUCAACUUGGAAGUCCCUGUUUUCAGACAAAAGACGAAUUUGCCCAUGGAAAUUGUCGACUUGCUCGCUGCGAUUCAAGAGCGAAACGAAUACGAUCAGAAAAUGUCGCUUUUUCAUCGAAAACGCGCGGAAUUAUUCAGUUCGCUCGAUCGAGAGUCCUUCGCGCCAAGCUCAACUUUCGUUACGAGCUUCAUCGAGCUGGUAAAGACGCUAGAAUUCAUCCUCGAGCGAGAUCCUUCGCAAGGAUUGAUGAUGACCGAGUCGGUUCUGGACUUGGCUUCGUUGAUUUGUGAUAAAAUGUCGAUCGCGUUUGAAAACGGAGAUUUGGAGCGCUUUUUCCGAAUUCUUUUCGUCGAAAUCAAAAGAAUCUCAAGAGAACUGGACAGUUGCUGGAAAUGGAUCGAACUGGCUCAUGACAAAGCUGAGAAAGAACGAAAAGAGCGCCCUGGAGAACUUCUCUAUGCCUCGACAGUUUUGAAAAAAUACGCCGAGCUUCAAAAGACUCUGGCAAGCGAGAAGCAGGAAAAUAUUCGAAAAUACUCCUCCUGGGUGACAGAUACGAUGCAAGAGCUGCUUGACGAGCAUUUUCCAAAAGCAAAGUAUUGGAAAAGCGCGAAGCCGCAGCAUUCAGAGUGGUUUGUUGAAGUCAACGAGCAAAUUUCCUGUUUGGUUGUUAGAAGUUGCAAAAACUAUUCCAGCGAUUUGCAAUUGGAUGCAAUGCAUAUUCUUGCAAAUGGUGUUAUUGAAACUCUCAUGAGCCACAUGAUCAAAACUGACUACAGGUACUCCUUGCAAGGGGCAAAAGCUUUGUCAGAUCACGUGAUGGGCAUCCACGAUGCAAUCCGCGACAGAGAAGAGCUCGACGAGGAAAUCGUUGACCGCCUUGGAACUUCCCUCCCGUUUCUGCGCAUUUUCAUCGUUUGCAGAAUUCUUUCUGACCCUGGGAUUCCCGACCACGCCGGCUCACACGCGAUCGUAGCGCCGUUGGAUCAGGAGCUCGAAGAGAGAGUGCGAAAAUACGGGCUUGAUAAAAACCAGUGGAUGAAUUUUGCCAAUCUUCUUGAAGCAAAGGAUGAACCUUUCGUCGUCAAAAUGGAAAAGGACAGCGAAGAGGAGGAUGACGAUGAAGACCAAUUCCACGUGGCGAACAAGAAUCCUGAACAACUUCUUGGAGAAACAGAGAAAGAAAAAAUGGUAGAGUUGAUUCGCUCAGAGCUGGGCUGCCGAUCCAAGACUAUAUUUCAAGAAUGCAAAGAUACAGUCCGACUGGCGGGAAAAGCAACAAUCGACUUAGAAAUUAAGCUCGAAAUGGCUAAAGAUGAUCACGUGAUUGAAAACCAUUUUGACAACAAAACCCCUGCCAGUUACAAGGGGCUUUUGACGAAGAAAGAGUCACCUGGGACAAAUCACUGCACGGAAAAUCACUUCUUCAAGAAACUACCUCCCUGGGUUGUGAAACAAUUGCAAGUUCACGGACUCAAACAUGUUCUUUACAAAUUCAACUCCCCCGCGGAUUUAUCCCUUGCCAAGCUUGAGCCCUUCGGAUCCAUCGCCGUCGCCUUCCUCAUCAGUCAAAUCGGCCUGUACGACAUCGUCGGACCCGAAAUGUUCGUAUCCGGCUUCAACCAGCUCUACCGUCGAUUCUUCACGAGCCCACCAGGCGCUGCAGAAGAAACCCUGCCGUUGAACCACCCUGCUCGCGGCUUCAACUGUCUCACUCUCGAUGUAAACGGAGAAGUGGAAUUUCUCAAGGGCAAAAAUCGUCACUCCCUUUACAAGUCACAAUGCUUCAAUUUCAUCGCUCAACUGCCUGAUUCUUCAGAUUCUUCAGAUUCUGACUAG